GCUACAGGAUAUAAAAUAUUUAUGUUCUUAUAUUUAAUUCUAUGCGGAAAUAUUUGCUUAUUAAGAUAAAAAAGAGAUAUACCUUUUUUCUACUUAGUUGGAGAAAGAAUAUGAUUUUUAUUUAAAGGAGAAUCUUUUCACACUGUUAUUGUUCUCUCAUAUACGUACUUGGAAGAAACAAAUAAAGGGUACAAAACCCGAACAAAAAAGCACUUUUAUAAUAAAAUCAUUCAUCAAAAGAAUAAAAGAAAUUACUUUAAAUAAGAAACAAGUUGUUAGGGGAUUAGUGUGAGGCAGCGAAAAAUAUAAAAUAAAUACAUAUAUAAAUUGUAUCGAAAAAAUAGCGACGUCAAGAAAAAAGCCUGUCGACAAUAAAAAACUUUUUAAUAUUUCUAAAGGAAUUGAGAAAAAUUUCCAAAAGGUUACAAAAGAAAUUAAAAAAGAAAAUAGAAUUGAAUGUAAAACAAUAAGUGCAGAAACGGAAAUAAGAAACAGAAAAGGUCAGCAGUAACUUAACCGUUCUGUCUAUUCUAUUUUUGAAAAUAGUUAUUGUUUAACGAAAACAACAACAAACAGGGGCUUUAAAGUAAAACAAUAGUAGCAGCAACAAGAACAAUGUAUAUGAAAAAAUUUGUUGUAGUAUUAGCUGCGUUUGGAUUUGUUGUUGGCUUUGCGUGCGCCUAUCCUCCAACUUAUGCUGAUGAACCAACUGCGGUCAAUGAUAGUGGUGGCAACGAUGAUGAUGGUGGUGGUUACAUAAUUCCGCAGUUCAACCUUCAUUAUGCUCAACUCCAACAACAUGAAAAACAUCAAAAGCAACAAGAACACAAACAGCAGCAACAACAACAACAGAAAUAUCCCGAUCAACACCCAACUUUAACUUAUUUUACAACAUCGAAAACAAGUUCUACAUCAACCUCUACAUCAUCUGGUCCCAUAUCGGCAUCAUCGACAACACCGUCAUCAGAUGCAAUAUCCGCAACGUCAACAAAACCAUCUUUACAGGCAGCCUAUGUUUAUAAGGCUGAAGUACCAAUACACGUUGAACCGGAAACCAACAAGGUUGUCAAUGAAGUUAACCUCAGUGCAACCUCAUCUACAUCAUCAUCGCCAUCAGCAACAUCCUACACAAGCAAUACGAACACAAAUUCUAACAAUAAUUCCGAAAAGGAUGAUGACUUGUCGAAGAAAAUUAUUGGUUCAAGUGUUGUAACAUCUGUAUCGGUAAUUUUAAAUGGAAAUGAACCGGAAUUCACAGAUGCAUUAGGACAAAAAGUACCUAAACCACAACCAUCAUUACAAGUUGCUAGCCCUAUUGAUCUCCUCAAUCCCGAUCGGUAUGAAUUCUAUACAUUCGAUGAACAUGGUGAAUUGGUAAAACGUCUUAUGACUAUGGAAGAAAUCCAAAGUAUUGUUGCAAACGGAGAUGGCGAAGGACCAACGAUUAUACAUCAUGGUCCAAUUGAGGAUCGAGACCCUGAGAAAAAUGUUCAAGAUAUCGUCAAUAGUGUACAAAGUGUUCUUAACAAGGAAGUUGAAUCUAAUAAAAAUUCAAGCACAGAUAGUCUACCGGUUUUCGAUACGCCUGAUGUAUCAUCAUCUUGGUCUAUGAUAUUACCAGCCAUUUUUGGUAACACUGGUGGUGUUGAUAUAUUUCCUCAACAGAAACCUCAACAAAUUGUUAUGACUCCAGAUACCGAAAUCAUCGAAACUUCAACAAAAGAAGCAGCUACCACAACUACCAAGAAGCCUAAACCUAGUAAAAGAAAACCAGGUCAAAAGCGCAAACCAACAACCUCAACUACUGAAAUGACACCUCAAGUAAUACAAGAAGAACUUGAUUCUCAAGAAUCUGUUUACACUGGUAUGCAACAGUAUCAAAAUCUAGCGGCAACUAUGCAAAACUAUGAUGGGUUUUCACAACUGCAUAUGCAGCCUAUCUAUCACAAACUUCCCGAAAUAGAAACUUCAACACGACGUGUAUUCAUAAACAAUCAGGAAGUGGUAAAGAAACCGGAUACGAUCUCUGAAAAUGAUGAAGUUAUACUAAAUGAAAAUUUGGCUAAAAAACCAGUAUCUGUGCAACAUAAACCAUUACCACCACAUCGUAUUAAGAAGCCAAAUGGUGGACAUACAACUACAAAACGUCCACAAGUAAACAAACAAAAAAUUAAGAGAAAACCAACAACAACAACUACGACUACGACUACAACAACUCCAUUACCAACAACAACCACUACUACCACACCUGAACCUACCACAACAACAACUACUACAACACCUGAACCUACAACAACUACUACUACAACAACUGAACCUACAACAACUACUACUACUACUACAACUCCUGCGCCUACUACGACAACCACCACUACAACCCCUACUCCUACAACAACUCCACCUUCUUCUUCCACAUCUACUACAGCUCCAUCAAUAACAACCACUUCUGUACCAUCAACUACUAAAUCACCAAAGAAAAAGAAGAAGAAGCCUACUCGCCAUCCAAUUCACUCAUCCAGCACAACUUCAGAUGGUUUCACACAAAAACCACAUUUUGUUGGGGAAAAACGGAAACCUUCUCCAAAACCUCACAGAGCAAGGCCGAAACCAGCACAGCAGCACACCAAAUAUCCUCACACUACAACGUCUUCCGAUUUAGCAGCUGAAGGAUCCGCUCAUCAAGAAGUCACACACAAUAAAUUUCAGCAUGUAACAUAUCACAGACCACGCCCUAAACCAAAUAAACCAACUACUACUACAACCACCACCACCACGACAACUACCACAACAACAACGACUACACCUGUUCCAGAACCAUCGACCACCGUCGUUUUUUCACCUAUCCCAACAACAUCAACAAACAGUCCAACUAUUAUGUCACUAAUUGUACAAGAUUUUCCCGGUUAUCAACCAGAUUUAAAUAAUUAUGAAGAUGCAAUUCUAACUACAAGAAUAACAACCACUAAGCCUCAAUUAGCAACGUCUGCCAAUAUACCACCUACUUCUGGGACAUCGGGCUAUCCUGUACCAUCAUACGGUAUAUCAACAGACGAUUCAGAAGAUUUCAGUUUUAAUCAGUUCAAGAAACAACCUCUACCAGCAUUUGCAUUAACACAACAUGGAUCCCAGCCUUACGCACAGGAUGCACAUACUUUACAAUCAUUUGAUCAAAUAAUGCAAACACUGAAGCAACCUGAUCAAAUAGCCGAAAAGAUAGGGGAAGAUAUUAAAAUUUCAUCAGAUGACUCCAGCAUGAAACCAAAUAAAUAUGAUAACAAUGAGCACAAAGAGGUAGAAAUUGCUAACAACCAUAUGAUUCCCAUUAAAAAUGCUAUGAAGCCGAAACCAUCAUCUAUGUCAAAACCUUCUAUGGAACAAUAUGGAGACAGCGCUCUUGCUACAACAUUACUAAAUUUUGAAUCGACAACUAAUGUCCAUAGUUCCGAAGAAACUACUAUGAAAUAUGAAAACAAUAAAACUAAUCUUUCCUCAUCUUAUGUAACAACUAAAAUCCCUGAUGAAUUUACCACAAACAUGUCAACCGAAAUGGAUGUAAGUGAUGAUAUUGAAACUACCGAACUUCCCAGCUAUACCGCAUUUAGUGAUGUCAUCAAAGAAUCAACUAUUAACACAGAAAUUCCAGAAACCACAAAUACUUUAAUUGAAAAACAAGAGGAACUUACAACAGCAUUUCCCAAGACACAAGAAGACGAAAUUCACCACCAUGAAUAUGAAACAUCUGCUUAUGGCUCCACAACAAAAAUAAUCGAGCAAUCAACAUUUACGUAUGGAGAAGAAAAUAUUGAGGAUGAAAACCAAACGCCUGAAAACUAUACAGGCCAUCUGAAUUCUGAUACUAGACUUCCUGUGAUUAUGCCACAUAAAGUAGAUGCUAUGAGCAAUGAUGAAAAAGACGUUAUUCGUCCUGUAUUAGUAGCUGAUCUUAAACCUCAGCUUAACAUGGAAGUAAUCAAACCAUCUGAACAAAUAACUAUGUCCGAUUUCCAAACUCAAGCAGCAACUGUGGCUUCAACACUAGUUGACGGUACCAACACCGUAGCAUCCGAUUAUAGCAUGAUGAACUCUAACGAAACAAAAGAUGAAAUUGCAUUCUUAAUGUCGGAUGUCAUUAAACAAAUAUCGAACUCCAACGAUAUUUCUAAAACUCAACAAAGUAAUUCUUACGACAAUCGUUAUUCAAAUCAAGCUCAAUUUAAUUUAUCAUUCCUUAUAAAACCCACUAAAGAGGUAGCACAAAAUCCCAUUACCAUAUCUACCAAUAUGGAUGAAGACUACAAACAAGAUUAUAAACCAAUUUAUGAACGACUUGAAACCACCCAUACCACGAAUCGUGAGAAUUAUAAUGUAGAAGACGAUUCUACUACAGAUUCCAUUACAACACAUUUUCCUGACACCACCAUCAAAGAUAUACAAAAUGAAGAAUUUGAUACCGACUCUGUAGAAAAAGCCACUCAAAGCUACUCAACAGAAAUUGAAGAAGAUACGAAUACAACCAAUGUUGAGCAUUUCAUGUCUACAACAGCCACUUCAGAUACAUUAGAAGAUAAUACCACAAAAUCUGUGCAUGAAAACAAUGAAGAGCACGAUGCGACUACAACUGAAACUAUCACUGAAAGCAUUGACGAAUAUAACAAUACAAACAACGAGAAACUACACAAAAAGGAAGAAGAUGAUAGCAAUGAUAGCACCUCCACUAUUGCUUCUGAAGAAGAUGUUACAACUUCCCAAACUAUUACUGAAUCUAAUAAAGAAACAACAUCAAAAAUCUCUAUUCCAUCCCUUCCAGAGAUAUAUGAUCAACAACAAAAGUUUGAAGUCGAAAGAGAACCAUUAUUUGAAGCCGAUAGCCCUCUAGAUACCACAACUUUUAUAAACGUAUUGUCUGAAGAAACAACAUAUUCUUCCAGUGAGGACAAUCAGAGUAAUAUUCCUAAUAAAGUAGAUGUAGCCAAUAAAUCAUAUGAAAGCGUCAUCGCAAAUGACGUCAUCGUUACGGAGAGUUCAGAAUAUGAUUUAAAAUCUGAAACCACUACAAUAAAGGACGAAGACUUUCGAGUAACCACUGAAUUAUCCAACGAAACAAGUGAAGAAGAUAAAAUGAUUUCAAGCGAAAUGGAAGCAACUACAGGUAAAGUUGAAUCUUUCGAAGAUUUAAAUGAAUAUAUUCAAAUCGGACACCAAACAAAUGUUAUUGAAUCAACAACAGCUACAAAUGAAAUCACCACAACAUUCUCAGAGCAUAAUGAAUCCGAAACAACUGAAGAAACUAAAGAGAAUACAGAUGCUGAAUAUAAUGUCAUUACUACUGAUAACAUAAUUGAAAAUGAAAAUCAUAAGGAUAAAAUUAAGGAGGAACUCAUAGACUCUUUAGAAACUACCACUCAAGUGACAACUUCUAAAGAAUCAGAAUCUGAUGAAACUACUACAGUUAAAGCAGAUGAAAUUUUCAAUACUGAAAAAACCAAUACCGCUGCAUAUCACAUGAGUGAAGAAACUUCUGCUGAGCUAAAUUCCAUGAUUUCUGAAGAAGAUGAAACUGAUGAAUCCAUUGAUGAGGACCCCUAUAUAAAACUAGGCGAAACGACUACCACUCAAAAACCUGAACUAUCUUUGAACGCUGAAACUCAAACUAUCACUCAAACAUCUGUCGAAAAAAUUAUGUUUGACAAAAUACCUAGUCUUGAACAGGAUAUGCCUAUGUUAGCACCACCAAAACCAAUUCAUUCAAUAAUUGAAAAUGAUGUUCCUACAGGAACUCAAUCAAAUGUGUUAAUACAAAAUAAUGGUCAAACAUACGAAGAAGCCGACGAAGAGGAUGAGGAUGAUCAAAUAGGUUACCAAGUUCCCAAAUUACCAAAUCCUGUAUCAAGUACAACUACUACGUCCACUACGACUACAGCAACUAGUACAACAACCACUUCUAAACCAAAAGUUACAACAACAAGACGAUUGAAUACGCUUAAGCCAGUCUCAUACUUCAACAAACAACCAGCUUAUGCUUUGUAUCACGAACCAGUAGAACCGCUCUACAAUAAACCAUCCAUGCAGUCAUCGUACUCACAGAUAAAAGAAAAUUCACCCCAUAAAGUUUCCACCUACACCAUACCAACACCUCAACAGCGUCCCAUGCAAAGACCUCCACAACUGAGCAAUUUGAUGAUUUCUUCCACGCAGGCCACAAGACCACCAGUCAAACUGGAUCCAUCACCCAGUAAUUCAAAGGGUUUAGAAGCAUCCUUGACAAAUUUGGAUGAAGAUAUUUUAGCAUUUGCAAAGCUCUGUAAUGAAUUGGCCUUUAGUUAUUGGAAAUCGAUUACAUCAGAAAAAAUUAGCUCUGCCAGAAGUUUGGUCAUGUCUCCCUUCGCUUUAACUUCUAUGCUUUCAAUGGUAUUUCUAGGAGCUCGUGGCAGUACUUCAGGUGAAAUGAAUGAUGUUCUCAAGCUCGAUGAUAUGGUAACAUUUAACCCACACUUAGUCUUUAAAAAUAUCACCGAUUCUGUUGAGAAGGCCAUGGAUAGUGACAUUGCUACAACAGCAUUUGUACGAGAAAUUUUCAGUGAUCGUGCUAAUGGUAAAAUUUUGCAAUUCUUUAAAGAAAAAACGCAACAAUUGUAUGCCGGCCAUGUUGAGGAAGUAAAUUUCCAUGUCGUUAACGACAUCAUUCGGAGACGUACAAAUCUGUUAGUGAAGCGCCACACAAUGGGCAAAGUCCUAGAAUAUUUGCGCACUAACAGUGUAUGGGUAAAUGGUCCAUUGGCUACGAUCUCUGCAAAUCUCUUCCAAACUGAUUGUUCACAUGGAUCUACACAAGAUAAGGAUGGCGAAAUAUUCUUUCAAGUACAUCCAACGGUCCGACAAAGACGACUUGUUCCUAUUCCUGCAGUACUUUUUAAGAGUGGCUUUACUGCUGGCUAUGAACCUAAUUUAGAUGCCACUGUAGUAGCCUUUGGACGUAUACAGGAUACCACUAGCAUGAUUUACGUUAUGCCUGGACAUCUUAGUUCUAUAUCACCAUCUGAUAACUUGGACCGCCUUGAAAAACAGUUGAUGGAAACAGCUAUUUCAAAGUAUGCCUGGAGUAACUUACUCACCUCGCUAAUGGAUCGUCCUGGCAUGGAAGUACAACUACCGAGAUUUUCACAUCGAUCAUUUGUAAAUGCCACAUUAGGCCUCCAAAAAAUGGGAUUAAAGGGUCUCUUCAAGUCCGACUAUGCAGAUUUGGGAGGCUUAACGGGUUCAUCCAAUCGUGACAUUUACCUUUCUGAUAUGAUUCAAAUAAAUACUUUCAGUACAUGUGGCGAAGAAAAAAUAGCUGAUCAUCAUCACGUCGAAAUGUAUCCUGCUCCACCACUGCGCAAACGCAAUAAAGAUGUUGAUGCCCAUGAUGAUGACGAACAGGACUCUUCAGAGGCAGUUAUCGACUUUGGUUCAUUAGUUCAAGAUUCUGUUUUGGGUCGCGGUUUUUACGAUGAUUUGUUGGAUCCCAAAUAUCUGGAACUUCCACUACCCUUAAGACCACGACAAGCACGCGUCCCCGAUGCUCCCAGAUUACGGUUUGACAAACCAUUCCUCUAUUUUGUCCGUCACAAUCCAACAGGCAUGAUUUUAUUCAUGGGUCGCUUCAAUCCGAGAUUAUUGCCAUGAGCCGUAGUAAUUGACUACAAACUAAAUAUAAGCCAAACGUGUAAUACUUGUUAUUAAAAAUUGUAGUAAAAUUCUGUAUUGCUUCUUAGUUACGAAUUCUAUUUAAUCUCCUGCGAUCAAAAACAUACUAAAUACUUGCAAAUAUUUGUGUACUAACAAAAGGCAAAAUAAAACUAAAUAUUUAUUUAAGAUUAUAGUUGUAUAUUUUGAUAUUAAUUUAUGUCACGUAUACAUAUACAAGAUAUUCAUAUGCAUACAUAAAUAUAAUUAUUUAUGUUUAAAACAAUACUAUUUUUAUCAACAUUAUUAUUAUAUUAUUAUUACUAUUAUAAUUUCCUACUUUUAUUAUUAUUAUUAUUAUUAUUUUAUUUUAUAAAUGCUUUACCUUAAUCACGAGUCAUACAAAGGUGUUAAAGUGCCUGAGUCUGUGCGGGAAUAAACGAACGCAUUCUCCGGCAUUAUUCCUACUUAUUUUUUGAUGGAUUUUGUAAUUUGUUGCACGAGUAUACAAAUGACUGACAUCGCUUGUUGAUUCAAGAUUGACGUAUUGCAUGCAGCACUUUCAUACAACAUACGAAUACAUACAUUGACAAUAAACACGCAUACAUAAGUACAUAUGUACUAUAUGCAUUUUCAUAUAUAUACAUAUUUAAAUUGAAUUUAUCAUUUUUUACGAAUACAUUGAACGUAUCAUUUAAAUUUUCACUAUUAAUUUAUCUGUGUGUAGGUAUGUAGUAUCUCAUAUACAUAUACUUUCUUUUAUUUAUUUAUUUGUUUGGGUAUGUAUAUGUAGUAGUUUGUUUAAUGAUCGAUUUUUGUUUUAAUAUAAUACUUUUUACAUUUGUAAUGUAUACAAUGCAAGUAUACAAAUGAAUUAUUAUUUAUAUACAUACAUAAAUACAUACAUAUAUGUAUUUCUAUUUAUAUAUACAUUUAUAUACGUAUUUGUUAAAUAAAUAAAUCAACAAUAAAAUUUA